AUGGCGCCUUCUCCAGCAGCUGGAAAGCAGACGGGUGGCGCUUCGUCCACCCAGAAGACACCUACUAAGCUCGCGACGAGGAAGCCGGCCGGCCAAACACCCCAAAAGCUUGGCCAGGCCUCAUCAUCCGCUUCUCGCGGUGCACCUUCGACACCCAAGGCUGCCAGUUCAAAGAAGCCAGAGACUGACACCCCUUCGCUACCUCCACGACCGGAGGCAGAUGAAGCGACCGGCAAAGCUCAGCAGACUGCACAGCAAGGCAAAGACCAGGUCGAGGACACUGCCGAGGAAGCCACCGAGCAGCCGCAAAGCAGAGUGGAGAUGAAGGACGAUGAAGACGAAGACGAGGACGAAGGUCCAAUGAACAAGGUUACCAAAGCUGGCGAUUCAGCAAAGCAAGGCCUUGAAGAGGCAGCACCCGAGCCUAUUGAAGACGAUGAAGACACCGUCGGCGGCGCAAAGCAACACGCAGAAGAAACCGCCGAAGACGCCGCCGAAGAAGCGGGUGACGAAGCGGACGACGUUGCCGAUGACGCCACUCAGAAGGCUGGCCAGAUGGGCGAGGGUGGCGAUCUCCUGAAAGGCGCGCAAGGCCUCGCAGGCAAGGCUUCUGGGCUCGCCGGCAAAGCCAACCAAGAUCCUAAGGCCGCUGCAAAAGACGCCACCGAUGGUGCCAAGGAGAGCGCCGAGCAGACUGCGGAAGAUGCGCAAGACGCUGCCGAAGAGACUGCCGACGAAGGUCAAAAGGUCGCCGGCGAAGUCACUGAUGAAGCCGGUGACGCUGCUGAAGGUGCUCAGGAUGAAGCUGCCGAGGCCGUUGAAGACGAAGCCGAAGAAGGUGCCGACAACGCUAAGGAGACCGCAGAGGAUGCGGCAGACGGCGAGCUUCCCGAUGGCGAGGAGGCUACCGGUGGUCUCCCAUCAAUGCCGGAAGGCAUGCCAAUUGACAUGAGCGUCCUGCGAGGCCUCGAAGUCAACGCAGACGGUCACGUUUACGACUCGGAAGGCAACGCCCUCGCGAAGCUUGCAGAGGGUGACGCUGAAGAUCUGGAAGGCUACCCGAUUGGCGAUGAUGGAGAGAUUCUCGACGAGGAUGGCGACCUCGUGGGCCGCGUUGAGCUACUCCCCGAGGUCAUCAAGAAGCAGUUAGCCGAGGCCAAGGAGCGCGGCCAGUUGCCAGGCCUCGACAUUCUCCAAGGCCUAACUUGCCAGAUAGACGGUCUCAUCUAUGAUGACGAUGGAAACACCGUCGGCCAAGUCGUUGAUGGCGACCCAGAGGAGCUGCAGCACGCCACCCUAAACGACCAGGGCGAGUUCAUCGACUCGGAAGGCAACGUUGUUGGCCACGCCCAGGUCCACCCAGACGCCGCAGACCUUGUCGAGCGGGGCGUGUAUGCUCCGGAAGGCGAGGUCGAAGCCGCUGACGAGCUGGUUGAUGGCGAGGCGGCUGACGGUGUGGCCGAUGAGGCAGAAGGUGCCGCUGACGAGGCGGAGGGAGCUGCAGACGAAGCCGUCGAAGGCGAGGAGGAACCCCUUGAAGGCAUCGAGGAUCAGCUUCCGGGUAUCGAGGCACUCGAAGGCCACGAAUUAAAUGAAAAGGGCGAGAUCGUCGAUGACCAAGGUGAAAUUCUUGGCCAAAUCGAGGACGAGGAGCUUCGACAGAAGAUCGAAGACGGCGAGAUCGACCCGGCCACUCUCAAGAUUGACGAAGCGGGUAAUGUCGUUGACGAAGAGGGCAACGUCUUGGGCCAGACCGAGUUGGCUGAGGGUGCGGCUGAGAAGCUGGCCGGCGGUCCUCUACUCGACCUUCGGAUCCUCGACGGCAAGAAGGUUAAUAAGAAGGGCCAAGUGCUUGAUGAGGACGGUGAGCCCAUCGGCGAGCUCCGUGACGGUGAGCUCAAGGAUUGCUCCGGCAAGAAGUGUAACGACAAGGGUGAGGUCGUCGACAAGAACGGCAAGGUUGUCGGACACGUCAACGUUAUUCCUGGCGAGGCUGCUGAGGAGGCUACGAGGCAACUGCUGGAAGAACUCGGUGAAGCACCGCAAGGUGUACCGGCUCCGGACCUACCUGACCUGGAAAUACUUGAUGGCCUCAAGGUCAACAAGAACGGCCAGAUCCUGGACGAAGAUGGCGAAGUCAUCGGCGAGCUCGUCGAUGGUGAGCUGUCGGAGUGCAAGGGCAAGAAGUGCAAUGACAAGGGUGAGGUUGUUGACAAGGAGGGUAACGUGCUCGGCCACGUGCGAACGGUCAAGAAAGAGGGCGAGGAGGAGCAGGCCGAAGAGCAGCCGGCUGAAGAGGAAGCUGCUGCAGAGGAGGAGGCGGCAGAGGAAGACCAAGGUCCUGAACUGCCACCACUCUCCAUCCUUGAGGGUCUGACGUGCAACAAGUCCGGCAAGCUCGUGGACUCCAACGGCGCGAUCGUCGGUGAGCUCAUUGAGGGCGAUGCAAAGAAGCUCGCGAAGUUGGGCCUCCAGUGCGACGACCAGGGUCAGUUCUGGGAUAACAAGGGUCACGUCAUUGGCCGCGCGCAAACUGUCGCGCAGGAAGAGCCGGAGGAGGAGGGCACUUUCGCCGGGCUUGAGGGCCUGCACGUUGUCGAAGGCGGCUAUGUUCAGGACGACCAAGGCAACACGGUCGGUAUCGUUACCGAAGGCGACCCAAAGAAGCUCAUUGGUCGGGUUGUUGACGAGGAUGGUGACAUACUUGACAAGAAGGGCUCUGUUGUUGGCCACGCCGAGCGCUACGUGGAGGAGGAGCCUGAGGUGGAGCCAGAACCAGAGGCGAUUGACCUCUCGUUCCUGCAGGGCAAGACACUCAACAAGGCUGGCUUUGUCAUUGGCGACGAGGGUGUCCCGGUCGCUCGCUUGAUCGAAGGCAAGGCGAAGGACCUCGCCGGUAAGCAGCUCGACGACCAAGGUCAGAUUUGGAACGACAAGGGCAAGGUCAUUGGCCGUGUCGAGCUUAUACCAGAGAACGAGCGUGAGGCCAAGCCUGAAGGUCCUUUCGCCGGCUUGGAAGGUCUCCAUGUCGUUGAGGGCGGUAAAGUCGCUGACGAGAACGGCAACCUGGUUGGCGAGAUCGUCGAGGGUAACCCGAAGCGUCUCGUCGGUCUCGCUGUUGACGAGGACGGUGACAUCGUCGAUCGCUACGGCAAUGUUAAGGGUCACGCGGAGCUUCUGCCAGAGGAGGAAGAGGUUGUUAUCGACAACAGCAUCCUCAAUGGCAAGAAGCUGAACAAGCAGGGCUACGUUGUUGACGAGAACGGCAUUCCUUUCGGCCGUCUUGUCCAGGGCGAUGCUGCCGAGCUUGCUGGCCGUUACUGCGAUGAGAACGGUGACAUUCACAACGAUACUGGUAAGGUGGUUGGCCACUGCGAGGUCAUCCCGGAGAACGAGCGUGUUCACCGCGGCGAAGGACCAUUUUCUGGGCUCGAAGGCUUGCGCGUUGUGGCAGACGGCUGGGUUGAGGAUGGCGAUGGCAACGUUGUCGGUCAGCUCGUCGAGGGUAAUGCUAAGCGCCUCGUGGGUAUGCACGUCGACGAAGAUGGAGACAUUAUCGACAAGUACGGCAACGUGAAGGGCCAUGCUGAGCCUUACGAGGCGCCUGAGGAAGCAGAGGUUGACCUUUCUGCUCUCGCCGGCUGCACAAUCAACAAGAAUGGCAAUGCUGUCGACGGCAACGGCACCAUCGUUGGUCGUGUGGUAGAGGGUGAUGUCAAGACUAUGAUUGGCAAGAAGGUUGACGGCAAGGGCCAGAUUUGGGACAAUGCUGGCAACGUCGUCGGGCGCUGCGAGCUUGUCUUCGGCGAGGACACUUCGCCCGAGGGUCCAUUUGCAGGCUUUGAGGGUCUACAAAUUACCAAGGAUGGUAUGAUCGUCACCCCAGCUGGCGACAUUGUCGGUCGUGUCAUUGAAGGCGACCUCAAGAAGCUGCAAGGUCACACCGUCGAUGAAGACGGUGACAUCGUUGACAAGAACGGCAACACCAUCGGCAAGGCAGAGCGGUGGGAGCCGGAAGAGAAGGAGCGACGCGUCAACCCCAUGUCCGGCCGACGUGUCAAUAAGGAGGGUGAAGUUCGCGACGAAAAUGGCGAACUCAUGGGCCGCCUCACGAUGGGUGACCUUGGCCACUGCGUUGGUCAAGAGAUCGAUGAUGCUGGCAAUGUCAUCGACGUAGAAGGCAACAAGAUCGGAGAGGUUACCCUACUCGAGAACAUUGUUGAGGAGGAGUACCAAGGCCCUACAGAGGAAGAGCUUGCGGAGGCAGCGAAGCGUGAGGAAGAGCGCGAGAUUGCUGAGAAGAUGGGCAAUAUCUGCACGCAGACGCUUGAGCGUGUGCAGCCCGUCUGCAAGCAGAUCACCGAGUACAUGGAGAAGGCUGACCGCACACCGAAGGAGGAACUGGACGAGGACCAACUCGUUAACGACGUCAAACCUCUCAUCGAAGAAGCCGGACGCAUCCUACAAGAGUGCAACGGCUCGCUACGUGGUCUCGAUCCCGACGGCCGCAUCGCUGCCCAGGCCAAGGGCCGCGCCGGCACGAAGGAGGCUACGCCAGAGGAGUACCGCUUGGCGGAGAACCUCAAGGAGCUCACGACGACGGUGGUCACCACUGUUGACAACGCGAAGAAGAAGCUCAACGACAUGCCGCAUGCGAAGAAGAAGCUGAACCCGCUGUGGGGCUUGAUGACCCAGCCGCUGUUCCAGAUCUUGGCCGCGGUUGGUCUGCUACUUGCCGGCGUGCUUGGUCUUGUCGGUCAGCUACUUAACGGUCUCGGCCUUGGUGGUCUUGUCAACGGCCUCAUGGGCGGACUGGGCAUCAACAAGCUACUCGAGUCCUUUGGCCUCAUCGAUGGCGACAAGAAGAAGAAGAAGGGCGGCAGCGCUCUGUCCAGCCUUCCAAUUGUUGGCGGCAUGUUGGGUGGUAGCAAGUAA